AGUUGUCCGGUCCGACCAAUGCCACCCACUGCGGCACCUGCUGCUAAAACCCACGAGAGGAAAUAAAUGUAAUUGUAAAUGUAAAACCCCUUAUGUCCUCAUUGUCUCCGCGUGACCAGAUUUUCUCUCACUUUAUGGACUGGCUUUCCCGGGAAAGUUUUGCUUAGGAGAGGAAUAUAUGGCCCAGGAUGAGAAUGCGCAUUCUAUUCUACCGCUGGUUGGUAUCUUUUCGGUUCACCUUCUGCUAAAACCCGUGUGAGGAAAGAGAUAUUUUCUCCACCUGGCUUUCACUCCGACAGAUCUUCUCUCUUGCUGGGCUGGGAUUCUCGGGAAAAUUUUGUUUGGAAAGAGAUUCUUAUUCCUCUUUUCUUCUAUCCUGAGGUUUUCCUGGGCCAUCAAACUGAAUUUAAGGUUCUUUAGUUCAGUUCUUUUUCAAAUUUCAUUUUUUUGCCUCAACUCUGCUGAAUUGGAGCUAAGGAUUGCUAUACAGACUAAAAUUUUAGUGCUCCUUCCCGGCAGAGUUUUCUUAUGGGGAAGAUAGUCCAAAGCUUUUUCUUCCUCCUUUUCUUGGAAGUCCUUGCAGUUGCAGCCGUUGGGGUCCGGCAUUUGAACAUAUGGCCAAUGCCCAAAUCAGUGAGCCAUGGAAGUCAAACACUUCAUCUUAGUAAGGGCUUUGCACUGCAGACCAAGGGCAGCAAAUAUGUUGAUUCUUCGGGGAUAUUGAAGGAUGGCUUCUCCAGGUUAAUUGAUAUUGUUGAUGCGGAGCACAUUAUUGGCAGUUUUUCUGAUGUCAAAGAUGCAGCCCUACUCCAGGGGAUUAAUGUGGUUAUUUUGUCAGCAAAAGAUGAGUUACAAUAUGGUAUUGAUGAGUCAUACCAGUUAUCCAUCCCUGCAAACAGGAAGAAGACUUUUGCAUAUGUGCAGGCACAAACAGUUUAUGGUGCACUACAAGGGCUGCAGACUUUCAGUCAACUAUGCCAUUUUAAUUUUACAACCAGGGUUGUUGAAGUUCAUCAGGCCCCAUGGACUAUUACUGAUCAGCCUAGAUUUUCUUAUCGAGGUCUUUUAAUUGACACAUCUAGGCACUACCAGCCAUUGCCAGUGAUAAAAAGUGUUAUUGAUUCUAUGGUCUACACAAAACUGAAUGUGCUGCACUGGCACAUUGUAGAUUCACAGUCUUUCCCUCUGGAGAUCCCCUCAUAUCCAAAACUUUGGGAUGGUGCUUAUUCUGUUACAGAGCGGUACACAAUGGCUGAUGCUGCUGAAAUUGUGAGUUAUGCUAAAAAACGAGGGAUAAAUGUGUUGGCUGAAAUUGAUGUUCCAGGACAUGCUCUCUCAUGGGGGAUUGGCUAUCCUACUCUGUGGCCGUCAACAGAUUGUUGGGAACCACUUGAUGUCAGCAAUGAAUUUACCUUUAAAGUAAUAGAUGGAGUUCUUUCAGAUUUCAGCAAGAUUUUCAAAUAUAGAUUUGUGCACCUGGGUGGUGAUGAAGUAAAUACAAGUUGUUGGAUAACAACUCCUCACAUAAGGCAAUGGUUAAGCAAACAUCGUAUGGAUGAAUCAGAUGCCUAUGAGUAUUUCGUCUUACGAGCACAGAAAAUAGCUCUGUCCCAUGGUUACGAAAUUAUUAACUGGGAGGAGACAUUCAACAACUUUGGCAAUAAAUUGAGCCGAAGGACGGUGGUGCACAACUGGCUUGAGGCAGGUGUUGCGGAGAAAGUGGUUGCUGCUGGGCUGAGGUGCAUUGUAAGCAACCAGGACAAGUGGUAUUUGGACCACUUGGAUACCACAUGGCAGGAAUUCUACAUGAAUGAGCCACUCUCAAAUAUCAUAGAUCCCAUGCAACAGAAAUUGGUUAUUGGGGGUGAGGUAUGUAUGUGGGGUGAACACGUUGAUGCUUCAGAUAUUGAACAAACCAUAUGGCCACGUGCUGCAGCAGCUGCAGAGCGGCUGUGGACACCUUAUGACAAACUGGCCAAGAAUCCAAUGGAGGUUAUUGGAAGGUUGAAACACUUCCGGUGCCUGCUGAAUCAGAGAGGAGUUGCAGCUGCACCAGUGACUGCACCUGGCCGAGGUGCCCCAGAAGAGCCAGGCUCUUGCUAUCGGCAAUAGUAAGCUCAAUCAGUCUCCAAUUCUUAACGGAAGAAAUGGAACUGGUUAUUGCUUUUUAUCUCCUAAUAAGGUCCAAAUAAGGGGCGUUCCUUGUAUGAACUGGCGGCUUCUGUGAGAUCCAUGCUCCAAGCAAUUGCUUUUGUUGAUUUGAACUUCGGAUGAAAUGCAUGGAUCUUCAUAGCUGUCCUUAAUAAGAGAAAAAAUUAAUGAUUCUAUAGAGCAAA